CGAGCGCGCGUGCCAUCUGCGUCGCCUUGCAAGAAGACGACGAGAGAGACGGCAGAGGUUCGAAACAAACAAGUGGCCUGUACAACCUUUGUAUGGAACGUGUCGACCGGAUGAGGAUCAAGAGCCAUCCCACGAUCUCGCGCCGAGUAACUAGAGUCGUCAGAUGGUUUGUCUUGUCCUUGGUUGGACUUUGCCUUCUCUGGCCCACCCUGCAGAAGCUCCCCAAGGGGCUUACGUUGCCUCUGGGCAAAAGGCGGCCAAUAUGGUUCCUAACAAAGCAGAGGGCCCCACUGUCGCCGUUCUUCGCAGCUGACUACCACAGCAACUCGUUCGUGUUACGCGGCAAGCGCGUCCAGAUUAUGUCGGGCGCCAUCCACUACUUCAGGAUUCUGCCAGAGCUCUGGGAGGACCGCCUCAAGACCAUGCAGGCGUCCGGCUUGAACACCAUAGAGACCUACGUCGAGUGGAGCAGCCAUGAGCCCGAGGAUGGCCAGUACGACUUCGAGGGUCAACAGGACCUGGCCCGCUUCCUGCGGCUCGCCCACAGACUCGGCUUCAUGGUCAUCCUCCGCCCAGGCCCGUACAUCUGCGCCGAACGAGACUUCGGAGGCCUUCCGUACUGGCUCUUGCGAAAUGGUUCUUCAAUUCGGGUUCGGACCACGGACGAAGAUUACAUCUAUUAUGUGGAUAGAUUUCUCUCUAAAGUCUUCGAGAAGGUGCGGCCAUUCCUCAUCAGCAACGACGGACCAAUCAUAAUGGUGCAACUUGAAAACGAGUACGGCAGUUACGAUGCUUGCGACCACGCGUACAUGGUGCACUUGCGGAACCUGGCAAGGACCCACCUCGGACCAGACGUGGUUCUGUUCACCACGGACGGCUACCACAACACGCUAAUGCUCAAGUGCGGCCGGGUGCCCGGAACGCUCACUACCGUCGACUUCGGUACUGACGUGGAACCCGAAACGGCGUUCACGAUGCGGCGGCGUUACCAGGCGGCGGGCCCCCUGAUGAACUCGGAGAUGUACACCGGGUGGUUGGACAACUGGGGCCUGCCCAAGAAUCAAGUCGAGACGUCCGUUCUCGUCAAAAGGAUCCGCCAGCUGCUGUCCAUGAACGCCUCGUUCAACCUGUAUAUGUUCCACGGCGGAACUAACUUCGGAUUUAAAUCUGGUGCCAACGACCACAGUGGCUUCCAGCCACAGAUUACCAGCUACGACUACGACGCGCCCAUCAGCGAGGCUGGCGACGCGACCGAGAAGUUCAAGGCCAUUCGUGAACUCAUAGAUGAGUUUUUUCCGGGCCGAGUGAAAGCGAAAAUCCCGCCUCCGAAGAAGAAAAUGGCUCUUGCGGACAUCACCAUGAAAAGAAUGUUCGGCCUGAAGACGCUGCGUCAGCUGAUGUCGAACCGAACCGUAAACUCGACCUACCCACUGACGUUCGAGCAAGUCGGCCACGCCUACGGCCUAAUGCUAUACGAGACCAUGGUCCCCUCCGACUUCGUGGCACCUUCGGUUCUGAAGGUGGACGGCAUCCGGGAUAGAGGCUAUGUCUACGUCGACGACGUAUUCAGGGCCGUCGUCUCCCGUGCGGACCAAGCGCUCGAUGUCACCAUUGAGGUCAAGUCCGGGCAGACCCUGUCGAUCCUCGUGGAGAACCAAGGGCGCAUAAACAUGGGAGCUAUCGUCGACCCCAAGGGCAUAGUGAACAACGUGACGCUCAACAACCGGCUCCUGAGCAACUGGACAAUGCGGCCCAUCGACCUGACUCAAGGGGCCUGGCUUCGGGACUACAAGGCACUCGAGGAGCUCGAACCUGCAGAGGAGACGAUCACAAGUUCCGGGUUGGCGGUGUACGCGGCCAACUUCACCCUUCCGGACAGCGCCUACGACACCUUCUUGCUCAUCGAAAUGUUUAGAAAGGGUAUUGCCAUCCUGAAUGGGUUUAAUCUUGGCCGCUACUGGACAUCGGCAGGCCCACAGAAAACUCUGUAUGUACCGUCAGUGCUCUUCAGGGAUGGUGGAAACUUGCUCCUGCUGCUGGAACUGGAAGCCGUCCGGUGCAAGGCCAAGAAGUCCAAGCCGUGCAGCGUGGACUUCGUGUCCAAGCCAAGUUUCGAUGGGCCGCUGCACUGGCCUGCCUAAUAAAGAAUAUCCUAGGCACA